AUGCUACGACGGACACCAACCACCAAGGACGGCGCUGUCGUUGACAGACUGCAAGACAGCAACCGCCUGAACAAGCCGUUCAAGCCACCCACCCUUGCAUCAGCUGUCGUCCGCGAUCAGCCACAGCGCAAGCGCAGACGCGUUUCCUACAGGGAAGAGGGAGCUGCAGAGGACUCUGACGCGGAGGAGAAUCCAGCAUCUAAGAAGAAGAGGAGAAAGAGUGAGGGUGAUGCUGCCUACAACGAGAAUGACGCUAGUCCUGCAAUCAAGAAAUAUCCAGUGUACAAGCCCAAGCCCUUCGACCAGAUAGCGCGGACAUUCUCCAUACCGAAAAUGCGGAACAAGGAUGGAGAGAUAGUCCCAGUUACGCCUUCUAAUGUCUCCCUAGGUAUCCGGCCUCAGCCCAACAUAAUCCCCCGACCGCUGCACGAUCCCAUGGAGGACCAUGCCAUAGUACUAUUCGAUCCCACCGUUGACGACGGCGAAACAGACGAGGAAAAGAAGGAAAGGGAGAAGGAAGAGGAGAAAGAGAGGCUGCUGAAGGAAGCGCAAGAGAAACACGCUGGACUGUAUAAUCCUCAUAAGAGUCUGAAAGAACUGCUGGGUGGCGGUAAAGAGAAGAAGAGGAAGAAUCAGAAGGUACCUGUUGUUAUCGACCCGACGCUGUCUAAGGUACUCCGCCCUCAUCAAGUUGAAGGAGUCAAGUUCCUUUACAAAUGCACUACUGGAGCGGUAGAACCUGGUCAGUAUGGCUGCAUUAUGGCCGACGAGAUGGGUCUGGGGAAGACUCUGCAGUGCAUCGCUCUCUUAUGGACGCUAAUCAAGCAAUCCCCGCGGGCCGGUAAGGGGACCAUCGAGAAAUGCAUCAUCGCUUGCCCCGCAAGCUUAGUAAAGAACUGGGCUAAUGAACUAACCAAAUGGCUGGGGAAAGAUACGAUAAAUGCGUUGGCGGUAGAUGGUAAAGGUGGUAAGGCAGAGUUAGUGCAAAGGGUGGAACGAUGGGUCGCCGCAUCAGGCCGAAACGUUGCUCAGCCAGUGAUGAUUGUAUCCUACGAGACUCUGCGCUCUAUCUCGCCCUACCUGGGCUCUGCUAGUAUUGGCCUUCUGCUUUGUGAUGAAGGUCAUCGACUCAAGAAUUCCGAGUCGCAGACGUUCCAAGCACUGGAUGCACUGGAUGUUAAGCGACGUGUCAUCUUGACAGGAACCCCCAUCCAGAAUGAUCUGUCCGAGUAUUUCUCCCUACUUAACUUCGCUAAUCCCAAUUUGCUGGGAUCCAAGAACGACUUUCGCAAGAACUUUGAGAACAUCAUCAUCCGAGGCAGGGACGCGGAUGCCACAGAUGAGAUCAAGGCUAAGAGCGAGGAGAAGCUGAAAGAACUGGGUGCUCUGGUGACGAAAUUCAUUAUUCGUCGGACGAAUGACCUCCUGUCGAAAUACCUACCCGUCAAAUAUGAGCAGGUUGUGUUUUGUGGAUUAUCAGAAUUCCAGCUCGCUUUGUACCGCUUGUUCAUAACAUCAUCAGAAGUGAAGGCUCUCUUGCGAGGGGCUGUUGCGCAGCCGUUAAAGGCCAUCAACAUAUUGAAGAAGCUCUGUAAUCACCCCGAACUGCUCGAUCUACCGGGCGAUCUACGGGGAUCGGAAAGUCUAAUACCCCCAGAUUUUUGCAGCGCAGCCACGAGUGCAUCCGGUAGCCGUGGCAGGGGUAGCCAGACUGUACAUUGCGAUUGGGGUGGCAAAUUCUUAGUCCUGGAGAGGUUCCUCCAUCGCAUUAAGACAGAGACAAACGACAAGAUUGUGCUGAUUAGCAAUUACACUCAGACGCUGGAUCUGUUCGAGAAGAUGUGCCGGAGCAAGAAAUAUGGGUACUUCCGGCUGGACGGAACUAUGUCGAUUACGAAGCGCCAGAAGCUCGUGGAUCAGUUCAACGAUCCCGAGGGCAAAGAAUUCAUUUUCCUGCUUAGUAGUAAGGCUGGAGGGUGUGGUAUCAAUCUGAUCGGCGCCAACCGACUAAUUCUCUUUGAUCCCGACUGGAAUCCCGCGGCUGACCAGCAGGCCUUGGCGCGAGUGUGGCGUGAUGGACAGAAGAAAGAAUGCUUCGUAUACAGGUUCAUCUCGACGGGCACUAUCGAAGAGAAGAUAUUCCAGCGGCAAGCACAGAAGCAAGCGCUGUCUUCGGCAGUCGUUGAUGAGAAGGAAGACGUAGAACGGCACUUCUCGCUGGACGCUCUCCGACAACUAUUCCAACUCAAUGACAAGACCCUCUGCGAGACGCACGAGACGUUCAAGUGCAAACGCUGUAGCAACGGGAAACAGAUGGUCAAAGCACCUGCUCUACUAUACGGUGAUGCCAGCACAUGGAAUCACUUCACUAAUGCGGAACUGAAGAACAAUCACGAUGAUCUACUCCGGGCUGAAGUGGGCUUGCCGGAGGUGUCAUUCGUCUUCCAGUAUAUCAGUCACUAG